AUGUUAAGAGCCUCAUUUGACUUACAGGCAGCUGUGAAAUUCGCUUUUGAACAAAAUAUUUAUCUCUAAGAUGAAAGACUCCAUCAUUUCGCUUUCAAAGUGAUCAAAAUAACAUUGGCGUUGGGGGUCACCGUUCGUUUUUCAUCGCCAAAAGACCGAAUCGAAACGAUCCUGACGACUCAAAGGCCAUUUGUUUCAUUGUCUAAAGCAGUGGUGCUUUCAUUUUAAGCUAUUUUCAAUAAGCUUUGUUGUGUGUGUCCGUGUGUGUCUACAAUACUUGUCGUUAUGGGAGAAUGUAGCAACACGAUCUGGGAAGAAAACGAUUGAAAUUCGCGCUCUUGGUAUAAGGUGGAAAGGAACAGGGAGUUUAGAUGCGUGUUGAAAGUCCUCCGAACAAAAUUGAGCCGUUGGAGGAAGACCGAGCUUUCAGCUCCAUAGCGGAGCGUCGAGAGCGACAAAGUCAAGAUGAGUUUUCACAAUCUGGAAACAAUGUCGCCCAGCCACGGCUAUCCUGCCCCUGUUUCUCCGAAUCAAUACGACUCACGUUUACAUCGCCAAAACUCGAGAAAAUUUACCAAAGAAGUAACAAGAGAGAGCGAGUGAAGAGCAACCUUUUCUGUGCCUUAUCAGCCGUUGUUGUGAACGUUAUCCUUAUUUUUAUUCACGCAUUUUCCGGACUAGAAAUGGACAAAGAACGAACUAGAGUAAUCAUUAUAAGCGGAGUCUUCUUUGUCGUAUUUUCCUGCUUAUUUGCAGCGUGUUUCAGACGUUGUUCACCAGGAUACAACGGAUCAAUGUUCGUCUGGCUUUCUGCCGCGUUAGAGGCGAUAUUAAUCCUAGGAUUGGGCGAAGACCCGCUCAUUCCAAGUGAUCUUGUGGGGACGAUCACGUUCUUAUCAUUUCUGGCUUUUAUUCUGCUUCCAAUGCGACUACGAUUCUGCAUUUUUUGGGUGACAAUAUUGGCCAUUGCUCAUUCGAUCAUCGUGGGCACCUCUAGCACGAAGCUCAAAGAUUAUUCCACCAACCAGAUCGCAGCUAACAUCCUUCUUUUCCUGUGUGCAUCGUUAAUGGGAAUAAUCGACUUCCUUCUGGCAGACAGACGUCAGCGUCAGGCAUUUAGUGAAACACUGAACUCAUUGCAAGUCAGGAUUAAACUGGAGGUUCAACACCAAAAACAGAAUCGUUUGCUUCUCUCCGUUCUACCAAGUCACGUAUCAAAAGAAUUGCAGGAUGAUAUGCAAUCGGAUGGAACAAUAUUAAAAAAUGGAAAUUUUAACAAGAUAUACAUAGAACGAGUAGAGUGCUGUAGUAUAUUGUACGCUGAUAUCGUUGGUUUCACCGAACUCUCCUCAACAUGUUCAGCCGAAGAACUUAUAGUGACUUUGAACCAAUUAUUCGCGAUAUUCGACAAGCUAGCAUCGAAACACAAGUGCCAACGAAUCAAAAUCCUUGGGGACUGUUACUACUGCAUCGCUGGCCUGGAUGCAAGCGAGAGAGAGAAAGGAGACGACAGUCAUGCUGCGUCAGCGGUAAACAUGGGCCUUGGAAUGGUGAAUCAUAUCACGAAAGUACGCCAUCAAACAGGUGUGAGCAGUCUGGACAUGCGCGUUGGCAUCCACACAGGAGCCGUGUUAGCAGGGGUCCUUGGGCAGAGAAAAUGGCAAUUCGACGCUUGGUCAAAUGACGUCACACUUGCUAAUAAAAUGGAGUCGGGCGGCAUACCUGGGCGUGUUCACAUAUCGGCGACAACGUACGAAAGAGUCCGAGAUCUCUACGAAGUUGAAGAUGGCAACGGAGAUAUACGAAAUGAAUACAUCAAGGAAUCUGGCAUUAAGACCUAUCUCAUUGUUGGAAAAAUAAAAUCAAAAGCCAAGGAGAAGUGGGAAACUGUCCCACUACUGGUCAUGCCAGAAUGCGAGGCCAAGCGACGGACGUCUUCACCAAUCGUCAGCUUACUCGGAGCUUCUGCGAGAAAAGCGCUUAAGGGAAAAGAAAACGGCGAAGGAAAUGGAACACCACGAAAUCAUGUCGAGAUUUCCAUGCCUGAGAAAACCGAGGAUAGCUUUGAAAAGAGCGAGAUUAAUGACGACAGAAUAGGAGAUGAGCAACGUUUAAUGAGCGAUCUCGGACGAGCUUUAGAAGAGAGUGAAAGAACCUCUGGAAAAGUGAAUCCGUUUACAUUAAAAUUUGUCGACCCUGAGAAUGAACAGAAGUAUUCUGCGCAAACAAAAAGUGGCUGUGCUGUAUCAUUCGCCGCCAUUUGCCUUGUUCUUGUGUUUUCAUUUCUUGUCGAGAUCACAAUCCUUCCAAGAUCCGUACAUCAAAACGUUUCAUUUCCCGUCGUAUUUUUUGUCAUACUCUCCUUUAUUUUUGUCACUGUGGCCUUUCGGGUCGACAAGUAUCUCCCGGACGCUCUGGUUGAUUUUUCACGCUACCUGGAGAGGAACAAAUUUGCAAGAACUUUUCUAGGGAUCCUCGCCGUUCUUUUGUUAGUUUUUUCUACUUCAAUUGACAUGGCUGCGUGUGACGAAGGAUUGACCAAAUUAAAUAUCACUGAUUUUGAUCCUGGACAUGAAGCUUGCUUCUACCCAAUGUAUUUUAGUUAUAUCGCUAUCCUUGUUCUUCUUGGCAUCGGUCUAAUGGUUCAACUUAGUUUCUUCCUCAAAUUUGCUCUUAUGUUAUUAACCACAAUGCUCUACUGGUUAAUGAUAACCGUUGCUGUGCCGGAAAUGUACGAAAACUUUGAUAAAUACCUGCACGGAAGUGAAAACGUUCAUGUUGAAAGCAAAUAUACAGGACCUAUUGUUAUCACGUUUUGUAUGGUGAUCUUAACUAUGCAUUGUCGACAGACUGCGAAGACAGCGAAAACAUUGUUUGUGUGGAAGUUGGAGGCCGAGGAAAGCAAGCAAAAGAUUAAGAGUAUCAGGGAAAGAAAUCAAGCCCUGAUCAAUAAUAUAUUACCAAGUUACGUUGCUACUCAUUUCAUGCAGAAUCAGGAGAAAGAUGAGACGGAGUUGUACAGUCAUUCCUACGACAAUGUGAGUGUAAUGUUUGCGUCAAUUCCAAACUUUGACGAUUUCUAUUCUGAGGACAGCAUCAACAACAGCGGUGUGGAGUGCAUGAGAUUCUUGAAUGAGGUCAUCUCGGAUUUUGAUGAGUUGCUCGACGAUCCAAGAUUUGGUGACGUGGAAAAGAUUAAGACAAUCUGCAGUACGUACAUGGCUGCCUCUGGUUUAGCCUCGGGGCUUAUCACUGAUCAAGAGAGCAAAGAAUACUCAUGGAAACCCCUAGUCGAUUUAGUCGACUUUGCUUUGGCUCUGAAAGGACGCUUGAAUGAAAUCAACCAGGAAUCUUUUAACGACUUUGUCCUUCGAGUUGGUCUUCACUGUGGUCCUGUUGUUGGUGGUGUUAUUGGUGCGAAGAAGCCACAUUACGAUAUCUGGGGGAACACAGUGAAUGUUGCUAGUCGUAUGGACAGCACAGGAAAAGGGGGAUAUAUUCAAAUUGUCGAGAAAACCUACGAAAUGCUGAAAGACAAAGGUUAUACUUUCAUCUACCGAGGUCUAGUCAAAAUAAAAGGCAAAGGAACAUUGACAACAUAUUAUUUAACAGGAAAAGUCGACCAAAAUUCAAACAAUCUGCCCCAGUCUCAGCCGAAUGGAAUAAGCACGCCGUUGUGAGCUCUGGGACACUGCGUUUAACUGCUGGUUCAGUCACCCGCACACCCCCCCCCCUUCGUCAGCCCCA